GUUUACGGUUAUCAUACGACAAUCCUCCCGGCCCUGGCAUCCCCUUCACUCUGCUGCUGCGUCCUGUGCCGUCCCGAAGGCGUGUGGCAGACCGUACACUUGCGUCUACCUAUUCCUGUUCGGCAUUCUUGCUCGAUCGGGAAUUCUUCCCUCUCAUACACCCACCACGCACCACCCCCGGUCGCAAAAGUACCACGUAAAAUCGUCAAUACGUCCCUCGUUGAUUUCUCGAUCAGGAACUUGUUUGCUCUCGACUUCUACAUCCUGACUGAUUUCCUCUCUGUCCCCUCCGUUGCCUCCCUUGCGCUGGUCGUCUGUACAGUCGCGUCUUAGGGAGUCCCGUUACCGCUUCGGGCUUUCUUGUCCACAUUCUCCUCUCCUCCCUUCUUCCCGUUUCGCGAUCCAAAUUCAUCCUCGUCUGAUGGAUGCUGCCUGGCAAUGAGUACUGCAACAGAGCCUCACCCUGACCCCUCAUCGUCAGCUGCCCAACCCAGCCCUGCUCCGAGUACUGCUGGUUCCGUCGGUACACCAGGGAGUAACAAUAACAAUGCGCGCCCCGCUUCCCAAUCGUCAGGACCCGUCGGCCAUGUGAGCUUCAGAAGGCAACGAGCGUCGCGCGCUUGUGAGACUUGUCAUGCCAGGAAGGUCCGAUGUGAUGCUGCCAGCUUGGGUGUCCCCUGUACGAAUUGUGUGGCUUUCUCGAUCGAGUGCAGAAUCCCUACACCGAAGCGGAAAAAGAAUCAAGCGAAAGCCAAAGAGGCCAAUGUCAAGGAACCCGGUGAUGUUUUCGAAAAACGGGAAGUUUCUGCAGUCCCUCAAACGAGCAAUCGCAUGGCCAUCGAUGAUAUGCUCGCUACCUCCGCCGCAGAACCUCUACAACUGCAACUGCCUCCUCACAACCCCCCCGAGGGGCAGUUCAUGAAACCGAGAUUUUCGCGUGCUCCUAUAAAAGAUGCAGGUCGGGUUGCACAUCUGGGAGAAUCGUCGAAUUUGUCGCUCCUUGUUCAGGAUCGCCAUGGGUCGACGGAUGUCGUGCAUUAUCCACUCCCGGCCAACGUCAGAGGAUCUCGCGCCCGACUGACUGAUCUGGAUAAUCUGGAAAUCGAUAUACUCCAUCAGCGAGGUGCUUUUCUUCUCCCACCAAAAUCGCUCUGCGACGAACUAGUAGAAGCGUACUUCAAAUGGGUGGCUCCCAUUGUUCCUAUCGUCAACCGCAGUCGCUUCAUGCGCCAAUAUCGUGAUCCCAAGAACCCCCCGUCCCUGCUGCUUCUCCAGGCUAUUCUUUUGGCCGGAUCAAAGGUCUGUUAUAACCCGCAGCUAAUGGAUGCUAAUGGUUCCACGACCCCGGCUGCCAUGACAUUCUACAAACGGGCCAAGGCCUUAUACGACGCCAAUUAUGAGGAUGAUCGCGUCACCAUUGUGCAGGCAUUAGUCCUCCUCGGAUGGUAUUGGGAAGGACCCGAAGACGUAACAAAGAAUGUCUUUUACUGGACCAGAGUUGCAACAAUUGUGGCACAAGGAUCUGGCAUGCAUCGAAGUGUGGAAUCCUCGCAGCUCAGCAAGGCGGAUAAACGUCUGUGGAAGCGCAUCUGGUGGACACUCUUUACUAGAGACCGCUCAGUUGCCACGGCUAUGGGCCGACCGACUGGGAUCAAUACAGACGAUUCGGAUGUGGGGAUGUUGACAGAAGAUGACUUUAUCGAAGACGAUGUUGAUUCUCCCGCCGAAUAUCCCCCAGAUCCGGUACAUGUCCAAUUUUUCCUCCAGUACGUCAAACUAUGUGAGAUUAUGGGCCUGGUGCUCUCCCAGCAAUACUCCGUCGGGGCGAAGUCAAGACGCAUGAAUGCUAUGGACUUGACGCACUCAGACAUGGCACUGGCCGAUUGGCUGCAGAACUGCCCGAAGGAAUUGUGCUGGCAAAGAUCACGACAUCACUUCCUGGCAGCCCUGCUCCAUGCAAAUUACUACACUACCCUUUGCCUCUUACAUAGGGCACAUAUGCCACCGGCGUCUUCUACAAUGAACAACUACCGAGUAGAAGAAAUUGCAUAUCCGUCUCGCACGAUUGCUUUCCAAGCCGCUGCUAUGAUAACAUCUAUUAUUGAUACCCUGCAGGCUCAUCACGAGUUGAUGUACGCACCUGCUUUCAUUAUAUAUAGUUUGUUCUCGGCCUUGAUCAUGCACGUUUACCAAAUGCGGUCAUCCGUUCCUUCGAUCGUGGCAACUUGUCAGGAGAGAAUCCAAAUAUGCAUGCAAGCUCUCAAGGAUAUCUCGAGGGUAUGGCUGGCUGCGAAGAUGAUCCAUACCCUUUUCGAGUCCAUUCUUGGCAACAAGGUCCUCGAAGAACGUCUGCAAAAGGCGGCAGGCAAAAAGCAUCAAAAGAUCCGGCAGGACCAGCAGCAGCAGAACCAACAACAACAGCAUCCAUUGAGGCGGGCUACAGAGGCUCCCAAACGGAAGUUUGAUGACAUGGAUCUCGGACUGCCCAAUGGAGGCCCCACACCUCCAGUUUCGUAUGAACGAUCUCGCCCUCAGACACCAGCUGCUACUCCUUCCAGAGAUCUGGGCCAAGCACAAUCAACCAGCGCACAGCAGACUUCCCCAACAGCGCACCGCCCCCACCAGGAGACAGCGUCUGGAGCAACAGCAGGCUUCAAUGCUAAUACACGUCCCACAACCCCCUUCAAUGGUCAUUUCUCUUUGCCGGCAACGCCACCGGAUCUUUUCCUUGUUACCCGCACCUCGCCUAACCUCUCACCGUCUCUCUGGGAAAACUUCCAGCCGGACCAACUGUUCCCUGAUGGCGCUGCCAUGUUCCCCGAGCUAAAUUCUACCACACCUCCCUCGGGAGCUGUUGAUCCCCAACUGCAGAUGCCUGGACAGAUUCCGUCUCACAACAUGCAGCAAACACCCACGAUGAUGAACCAGGCCCAGCAAGUUUCCUCUCGCAAUAUGGGCAACCAGGGGGCUUCAGAUAUCCUUGGGAUGCACAUGUCUGACACAUCGUUACAGAAUACGCAACAGCAGCAUUCGCCUCAGAGUCACCGUCAUGAACAGCAGCAAAACGUAUUCGGUAUUGAAACUCACCAUGGGAUCCCAAUACAGCAUAUGAAUACCGCUCUGGGUGGUACAGGGCCUGACGGUGCCAGCCAGGAUGACAGCUGGAGUAACAGCUCUCGUACUGCACCCACUGCACCGACUACGCUGAAUGUGGAAGACUGGUUCCAAUUUUUCGGCAUCCAUGGUGGCUUCAGUGAUUUGACUUCUUGAGAUGGCGCACACUGGCUGGGAAAAUAAUGCAAAAGGGCAGUCUAUUCCAAAUUGAAUGUUGUUUUUGGCGCUCUGUAUACCUCGCAGUGUGUAUAAAUAACGUGGAACAUUUAUUCGGGGUCCUAGGUGUAUUUGACUUUUUUCUUAUUCCCCCGGGCUUUGGCUUUGAGCGGCCGCCUAUAUUCAUCAUUUCUUCUUACCCGUUAUUCGGAUCGGUGUUCAAUAUUGUUUUCCAUGUAUGUCGCCUGUACAUCAAUGUACUUUGUACAUGUGCUCUCUUGUCUUAUCGUACAGCUACAACGAUGACUCGGCAUAAAUUGGAUAGUGCGGUACUGUC